AUGGCCGACGCUUGGAUGUCAGAGCACGUAGGAGACACUAACUUUAUGGGAGUUGAUCGUGACAAUGUCUUGGAAAUAACCUUUGAUGAACUACGAUCAGUGGAAGAUCCAAGAAUUACCUUCCAAGUAGAGUUUUAUGGUGAGCAGGCUGAAGAUAUUGGAGGUCCAAGAAAAGAGUGGAUCAGGCUUUUCAACCAACAGAACAAGGCAAAAUAUUUUGACCAUGGACUUAAGGAACGCUUAGCAGAGGAUUACAAUUUUGUAGGGCAAAUGGCUGCAAUUGCCCUUUUACAGAAUGGGCAGGCGCCAAAGUAUUUUUCUGAAGAACUGUUGAAUGACAUUUUUGUUAGUGAUGAAUUAGCAAGUUCAAAGAGUGUUUUGAAGCUUCGUCAAGGACUAGAUACUCUUGGAAUUCACAUGUUUACCCAAAAGUUCCCAAUGUUCCUUUACCUGCUUAGACCACCCCAAAACAAUGCCAAAUUGACAGUUCCACUUAUCCUUCAUCUCCUUAAACCCACGUUCUCUGAGGAAGGCUCUAACAGUCUAUAG